AUGGUUUCUGAAGAAGAUAUUCACGUUGGGCAGUCUUUAUGCGUGCUGUGCAGACAAGCUGCAACUGCUGGGUCACAUAUUCUUGACUUAAAUCAGGGAUUGCAUACUGUCCCUGACUGUAGAGGUCCAUGUGCACGCUGUUCCCAAUCGCCGUACCCCAUGCUCUGGUUUCAUGCUACAUGCUACGACAUUUUACAGAAUAGCUACGAGCCCUGCAAGAAGCCUACUCCUGAAGAUCUAAGAAGGUUUGCUGAUGCAACCAGACCCGUUUAUAAAUGUCACUGUAAGGAACAUAGGGAAACCAUGUCGGUUACAGAAGGACUCCUCAGCAAGUAUACGAGAGAAAUUACCCAGAACAGUUUUAGACAAGACUUGUUGGGACAAUUACCCGUUGAAAUAUUAACUACAAUCUCCGAACUAAUUGCUCCAUGCUGGUACUUGACCGUACUGGGCGAAACACGUCGGUUGAUUGAACUUUUAAGGAAUACAGGAGGAACCCAGAGUAAGCAGCUGAGUUUGAAACCGGAAAUGUGGAUGUCCAGAAUAAAAUACCGCGGAACCAGUUACAUAGCACAGCUCGGCGGCAAGCCACUUGAAUCAGCAAGCACUUCCGAACAGUACCGCAUCAAACUACCUGAUAAUAUCAGCAGAAUCAUCCUGUCAGUCGACUGUAUCGGCAUACGUGGGAUACAGUUCGUUGACCAUAAGUCGAAUCCCAAAUCAGAUGGGUCGCCAUGGUAUGAGAUUCUGGACGCGAGUGAUACUGGUUUGGAGGUCUAUGUGAACUGUGAUGGCCUUUUCAUGAGAAAUAUUCAGCUCCUCCCAAGAAGUCUAUCUACGUAUAGGGCCUGGAGCUCCCCUUUCCCGCCCAAAUUCCAUCCAUGGAAUUUUUACCAAGCCAGAUCUAAAUCUCGCUUGGAUUAUUUCAAAAUCGAUUCCCACAUCCGAGGUGUCCUUGUCUGCUGUGCCAACGCUAAGACUGUUGGGAUCCACGGUUUCUCACAUACAUCGAAAGCGUUUAGUGAAUUCAUCGAUUUAAUGAAUCGACGUAUGAGUACCAGCCAUAAACUCUGGAUUUAUUUCCCGCUCAAUGCACAUGAAUAUAUUAAAGCAGCUUGGAUCCGGAAGUUUAGGAUUUGUCGUGGGCCAGCCUCCAAUCCUAUCUUAGUACUCCAAACUUCACUAGGGAGAACCAUCACAUUCGGACCUCAAUUUCCAGCUCGGAUUGUUGAUCAAUACGAGUAUCACCCUUUAGUCAGAGAUGGCGAUGGUGCUAUUUCGGGAAUCUUUCAUGAUGGAUUAGAUCCAACCACACAGUACAUUUCCGAAGUUGGAGUUACCUGCAAUGAACAAUAUGAUGUUGGGUCGUCAGAGCCUCCGCCUAUGGAUACACGCUUUGAACCUCCAGCAGUGCCUCCCGGUCGAGGAUCGAUAGCUAGUACUUGGUAUAUGACAAAGGCGUCACUCAAAGGCCUUGUGAAGGUACAAGUAUGCAGGGAUAAAGAACAGUCACACCAUCCAUGUCUGGGUCUUCUGCUAUUCUACAGCGAUGAACAUAUUGAAUCGAUUGGACAGGUGCGAUGGGACCACAAUCUUAAUCAGGAGACUGCUAGGCCUACUUACGUCGAGAACGGCGUCAUUGAUGGACGAGAUUACAUUAAGGAUAUCCGAAGCGGCGUAUGUGACACUGAACUUAAUAUGGAAAAAAGGGCAUGGCAAAAGCUACCAAAGCAUGGAAUCAUCGUUUGGUGGUUUAGCCAACUUGGCGACAGAAUAAUCACAUAUAACGACUAG